AUGAUUAUUAGAGAUGAAGAGGGUGAGGCCUUGCUUGCAGCAUGUGAUAGCAGGAGGAAUGUUGUGUUACCUGAAGUUGCAGAAUGUCAAGCUCUGUGGAAGGCUCUGCAGAUGUGCAAUGAUCUCAACAUACAAAAUGCUAUAUUUGAGGGAGAUGCAAAGGUUGUCAUAAUGGCAGUAAAAGGGGAUGAAGAAAACUUGUCUUACUUUGGUUCUUUAAUUGAUGACAUUAGGAAUGUUUUAUUUCAUAGGAAGAAUUGGUUUUUACAAUUCGAUUAUAGAGAAAAGAAUAGUGCUACACACACUUUGGCAAAGGUUGCCUUACACUUAGUUGAGGAAAAAGUUUGGAUAGAAACAGUUCCAGAGUUUAUUGUUAAUAGUCUGGAAUUUGAUAGAAGAUGUAUGCAAGAAAGUCAUAUAUGA